GUAUGGGCCUCAGUCAACUAACUAAUAAUAAUAAAUAAUAAUAAUAAUAAUAAUAAUAAAAUUCUGUUAAUUAAUCCAGUUCUUCUCAGGUAGUUCAUUCCAUUAUUAAUCCCCCCCGGUCACAAUAGUGGCAGUAAAUUUUUUUACUCUAAAAAAACAUACUGACUGAUGUUUUAGUGCACUUCCUGCAAAUAUAGAAAAUGUAAAGGGUCCCAGUUAAAUAUGUGCAGUUUCAGCAUUGUUGAAUUGUUAACUGCAUCGAAGCUCCAAAUCAAAAGGACAACGAAGUGUGUCAACAGAAGUAUAUGACAAAGAUCUUCGGUACACAUUACCUUUAGAGUGUUUAGUAUUAAUAUAUUAACUUGCAUGUAUUCGGUUUUGUUGAACGAGUAAACACACUGACGUGGCAAAGCUGGAACUAGGUAUGCAGUGUAGUAGUUAGUGAAACAAUUAUGAUCAACCAUAAAACACAUUUUUCACACCCUUCUAAAAAAAGAAAAGCUUCCCUAUUAGAUGCAAUGUUUUAUUUAAUCCAUUGUGUCCCAUUCUUAACUGUGUGUUAACGCCUUCUAUUUUCUCCCUUUACAUAGCCUCUUAGUUUUUUCCUGGAUUCUAUAAUAAUUUCUGCCGGUUAUUUCAGUUACAUUUCUUUAUAAUAUUUCGCAACACUAUUUCCCUUUUUAAUACUGUACAGCUUAUUUUUUUUUACACAAUCUUCACUGUAAAACACGCUAUAUAUGAUUUGACUUGAUUUACGUCCAGCAUCUCAUCCGAGGAAAAGGUUGGUGACGUCGCCGACAGCAGGAGCCGGAUAUCCGCCACGACCGGAAAAAAAUCCCAUAUUUGGGCAUUCUUAGCAGGAGCAAUGGCAGCUUACAUUGUACGCGAACGGCUAGCUCGACGCUGAUUGUGUAGCGCAAAUGAUCGCUUUUUAGACAUUUUCGGUCCAUGUUCAAGACGGGUGAGCGGCGGAUUGGAGCGCGUUUAUUUUUUUGAAAAUGUCAAAAACCGGGUGCUAGCGACCGCUCCGUCAAACCGUCACCGAAGCGAAACCGCUUAGCACGGCGUUAGCAUCUUUGAUACCGUUCGCGUUUUUUCCUCGCCAUUCGCAACUCUCCCUCCCCCCCUCCCGACUCUCACCCGGUAUCGGCCGCCCUCCAUGCCCGAGCAAGGCCCGAGGAUGAACAGCUUCUCCCUCGGCGAGUUGUGUUGGCUCUUCUGCUGCCCGCCGUGUCCGAGUCGCAUCGCGGCUAAGUUGGCGUUCCUGCCGCCCGAGCCCACCUACUCCGUUCACACGGACGCGAGCGGCGCGACGAGCCUGCACCUGACCGAGCGCGCCGACUGGCAGUACUCGCAACGCGAGCUGGACGCCGUCGAGGUGCUGGUGACCCGCACCAGCCGCGGGAACCGGGUCGGCUGCAUGUUCGUCCGCUGCGCGCCCGCCAGCCGCUACACGCUGCUGUUCUCCCACGGGAACGCCGUGGACCUGGGCCAGAUGUGCAGCUUCUACAUCGGCCUCGGCUCCAGGAUCAACUGCAACGUGUUCUCCUACGAUUACUCGGGGUACGGGGUCAGCACCGGGAAACCGUCCGAGAAGAACCUGUACGCCGAUAUCGAAGCGGCCUGGCAGGUGCUGAGGAACAAGUAUGGAGUGACUCCGGAAAACAUCAUCCUGUACGGUCAGAGCAUAGGGACUGUGCCGACGGUGGACCUGGCGUCUCGGUACGAGUGUGCAGCAGUGAUCCUCCACUCUCCCCUCAUGUCCGGCUUGCGUGUGGCCUUUCCUGACACCCGCAAAACCUACUGCUUCGAUGCCUUCCCGAGCAUCGACAAGGUGUCAAAGGUGGCGUCUCCAGUGCUGGUCAUCCACGGCACAGAAGACGAAGUGAUCGAUUUCUCCCACGGUUUGGCCAUUUACGAGCGAUGUCCGCGUGCCGUGGAGCCCCUGUGGGUGGAAGGCGCCGGGCACAACGACAUCGAGCUCUACGCCCAGUACCUCGAGAGACUCAAACAGUUCAUCACGUUUGAGCUGGCUACCUCCUGAAGCGGCGGGCCGAGGCGCGCGCGCACACACACACACUCACACGUGUCGUGUAGGGUUCCCCUUUACCCAGGGCCGAGGACGCCAUCAGUACUUGCACUUGCUGACGAAAAAAAAAGCUGAAGUCUCUCUCUCGAUACUUGGGAGCGAGGCGUUUUCAUCCCUACGGGGAAAAUGCGUUUUAAUGAUUUCGAACCACUUUCUAUUCUUUUAUACUUGAUGAUGAAGAAAUGUUGACGUUUUGCACCGCAUUCAUUUGACGAUUUGAUUUAUCCUCUGCUAAUGUUUUUUUUUUUUUUUUUUUUUAAUUGCUCCUCAAGGGUUAAUUAAACUGCACUUUUAUUGUGCGGGUGUUUUCAGGUUAUUGUCUUUUUUUUUUUUUUUUUUUGGCGGGAAUUGUCAUAGCAUUCCGUUUUAUGUUUCAAGUUGAUUUAGUGCGAGAUCAACCAGUGACUGAUUUUUUUUACAUGGCCAGUUUGUGAGUGUGUGUUUAGGUGCGUUCAUACGUGUGUGUGUGUGGUGAAAGCCGCUGACUUUUCGGUCAAAAUAAUUGUAACUUGGGCUAAUUUAAAACUGGAAGACCUGUGGAAGUGACGCGACCGGUAGAUAAUAAGACGUGUCUGUGAUUUUGAAUAGAAUGGGGAAAGAGGAGUCUUACUGUAUUUUUUUGGUUUUUUUUCAGCGGUGAAACACGGUGCUUUGUCGCAACGCAGCAUUCAGGGCAUUGUUUCGACGCGAACACUACAUCAUUUUAAUCGUGGGUUGUAUUAAAAAAUGUGAAACCUAAAGCUCUCUCCGUUGCUUUUAGCGUCGACCUUACAAUAAGCCUUAUGUUUUGAGACAUUUCGCUCCGACAUUCCUGUCAAUGAUUUCUCAGAAAGGGGAUUUUGAAGAUUUUCUCUGGGCUCCCGCUCGCUGCUACUCUGAUGGGAAAAUCACUGUGAAAACCGAACCUUCGCUAGAUAAAAAAAAAAUAAGGUACCGCACCUCCUCGCCGUUUUGACGUUCAUCCUCUUUUCCAGACAACGGACGAAUCAAAACCCGGGAAAAAUGAAUUAUUCAUUCGACGUUUUUUCCCCUCGUACUGCGAACGAAGGUCUUUGUUUGUAGACAUUUUCACCAUGACGGGACGAUCGGAAGCGAUUUCCACAAUGAUGAAGGACGGCGGUCGCCACCGACCCGGUGCGAUCGUCUGAUUGUAUGUUUUUAAUGCAUAGCAGAAGCUGUUGUCGGUUAACUUGACUUGUAUUGCUGUACGGUUAUGCGGUGGCGGUUCAUGUAUGACGUUGUUCGGAGAUGAAGCUCUUUGACCUCAGUGGACUUGAGACUCUUUUUAAGGAAUGGCAGAAACUGACCACAUCUGAGCCUGUCAUUGCUUUUGAUACUGAUGUUUUUACAAUGUUUUUUCAGUAAUUAUUAAUAUUUACACCUCUUUUAAUGCUGGUUUGUAAGAUAACCGUACUGUACACCACCUCCCCUCUCUCUCUCUCUCUCUCCAUCUCUCGUUCUCUACAUCUCUCUUUAUAUAUAUAUAUAGGUAUGUAAAAUAUGAAGUAAAUGGUAUUUAGCUUUGAUUUUUAUUGACACUGGAAUCACAGUAUGCAAAUAUAAUGCAGAGAUAACCCUAGUUGGUACAGACACUUUUACGUGUAGGUUUCUUUUUGUUGUUGUUUUUAUUUGUAUUUUUUUUUUUUUAUAUCUUUAAAGCCUUAAAUGUGCCGCGAGACAGAUUAUUGUUCUUUCUGUUGGUUGUUGCUUCAAUGCAACACAGUGGUUAUUGUAUUGCAUAUAAAGGAAUAAAGGAUGCAUGGAAACCAAAA